AUGGCGAUGUGUGUCGAAGACAGGAUCAGUAGUUUUCCGGAUCCUAUUCUUUGUCAUAUUUUGUCAUUCCUUCCCAUUAAAGAAGCAGUUCGAACCUCUAUUAUUUCAACCAAGUGGAGAUACCUCUUUGCUUCAAUUUCUACCAUUAAAUUUGAGGGUUAUUCAAUGAGUGGUUUGACUGACAGAAAUAUGGACAGCUUCAAGAACUUUGUUGAUAGUUUAUUGAAACCCCCCGAUCAGGUAAGAUUAGAUUGCUUUAGGCUAAGUCAUGAGAUUUGUUCAUGGAAUGAUGGAGAUCAUGAUUUUGAUAUCUCUGGUUGGAUAUGUGCUGCAUUGUGCCGUGGUGUUAAGGAAAUUGAAUUGCAGUUAAGUUAUCUUGAGGAUAUUUUACCAGCUGUUUUAUUCACUAGCCGCUCACUGGUGACACUGAAAUUGGAUGCAGUAGGUCAUAAGUUUAAGUUCCCAUCUGACGUUUGUCUAGGGAAUCUUUAG